AUGGCGGCGAACUUUUGGCUUUCUUCGCACUGCAAUCAAUGGCUCCUUGAUCGUGAAGAAAUCGAACUAGAAAGGCAACGAGACUACCAAAACCUUAAAGAUGACGACUACAAGAAGAUACAAAUCUUUUUUAUCAACUUUAUGCAAGCUUUAGGCGAACAUUUGAAGCUACGACAACAAGUAAUUGCAACUGCCUCUUUGUACUACAAAAGAUUUUAUGCCAGAAAUUCUUUGAAGAGUAUUGAUCCGCUUCUUAUGGCUCCGACGUGCAUGUACUUAGCUCACAAGACGGAGGAGUGUGGUGUGAUAUCUAACAGUCGUUUCAAUGCAGCUUGUAACGCCGUUGUGAAGAACAAAUUCUCCUUCGCUUUUCCUGGGGAUCAGUUUCCGUACAGGAUGACGCAGGUUCUUGAGUGUGAAUUUUUCUUGCUUGAGAUGAUGGACUGUUGUUUGAUUGUGUACCAUCCUUACAGACCUCUUACUCAGUAUGUUGCUGAUCUUGGGAUGGAAGAUGCAAUCCUGCCAAUUGCAUGGCGCAUUUUGAAUGAUAGUUUGCGAACAGAUGUCUCUCUCAUCUAUCCCCCUUACCAGAUUGCAUUGGCUGCCAUUUAUAUGGCUUGUGUCAUUCAACAGAAAGAUUCCAAGCAGUGGUUUGCGGAGCUAUCUGUUGAUAUGGACAAAGUACUGGAAAUCACACAGGAAAUCUUGCAGCUGUAUGAACUGUAUAAGAGUUACGAUGAAAGAGCUGAAAUCUCUGCAGUACUAAGCCGAGCUCCAAGACCCAAAGUCAGGCCAACAUCUGCUACACCUGGCCAGACUCCAUCUCCUGUGCCACCAGAAUCCUGACUGAGAACUUUAUGACUGUCUUUCUCCCCUUUCCAAUAGUAUUUUGGGAAAAAUGUUUUUAACCCUGUUACUUCCAAGAUCUCGUUAGCACAUGCAAUUCAGCUUGCUGUCUGCCUUACAAUUUUUUUAUGUUAGCUCAUAGAACUUGCUACUUGAUUAACUAAUACUCCCCCUAAUUGAUAUUUUUCUAUUUUCUUGUCACUUGUCUACUGGAUAUUGGAUUGUUAUUGUAAGCCGGGUCACUCAUGAGAGUUGAAGGGUUAAAUAUACUUGAAUGAAUUUGAAGAACCAAGAAAGAUUUGAUUAUUUAUUCUGACUGUCUUGGUGAAGGUAGUCCUGAUGAGGACUGUUGUCAGGAGUGGUGACUGUAGUUUUGAAAACCUUGGUGAAAGUCAUCAUCAGACCCAGAAAAGAUUAUUUCACAUCAAUUCAAUAUUGGUUAUUGUCCAUACCCAUUGGUAGAGAAAUGCAAGGAACAAGUAAGAGCAACUUAUGCAUGAAAAGUGAUGUUGUUUACUUACACUCUGUAUUCAAAGGGGUAUAAUGUGGAUUUGGCCAAAUGUUUUUCAUGAUGUCAAAAGAGCUUAAAGAAACAUUCUGUGCAGAAUGAUUGCGCAUUGAAAUAGGUGCUUUAAGUAAUUUUUUUUCAUGAGAUUACACCAUAACUCUCCUUUUCAAUAUAUUGUCUUCAACCAGUGUUUCUAUGGAGGUAAAGAUUAGGGUUAGACACCCAUAGAAAAAACAUAAACAACCCAGUACUCCUUUCCCUGCUUCCCCUUAAUUAGGACAGCAAUUCAGUGCCACAGUCUCUGACAAAAUUUAAGAACUGUAGGAAAGGGGGGGAGGGAAGAGAUUUAGACCCUCCCCCUCAAGUUUGAUCUCAAGACUAUUUUCAGAUACUCUAAUUGUUGUGCUCAUUUUACUUGCUUAUUAAAACUUAAUAUUUUUCUGAACUUUCAGUGGGUUUGUGAGCUUAGUAUGGUUCUUACUCUUAAUAGACCUCUUUCAUAACUGGCAUGCUUAAUUAACAUUCUUAAAAAUUUGAUGUUAAUUAGCCUUUCUGACCUCUACAACAGGUUUAAAAACAAUAGAAUUUUUACUUACAAAAAAAAAAGUCAAGAAGGCUGAUUUUUAGCACUUGAACAAAAUGUAAUCAUACCUGUCAUUAUACCACAUUCGAAAGCUUAAUAAUAUCAUGAGUUGUUACUGCUGGUUGAGUACUAAAAAAUUAAGCAAAAAGUCAACAACUUCAAUUCUUUACAAACAAAAAAAAUGUUCUUUUCAUUUCUAAAAAUUUUGUAAUGUUUCAGUUAUGUAACCAAUUGUAUCACAUGGAAUAUUUCAAAAAACUUACAGCUGCAGUAAAAUUUUGCAAGUAACUGACCUGUGGCUGGUGGCUUUUAAAACUAUCAUCCUUAAGUUUAUCCUGUUGGUCUGUGCUUUAUUUUUAAAAAAUCGAAUCUUUGAGUUUUUCAGUCUUUAAACCCUUCAUACCCAACAUUGGUAGCAGCACUCACCUGGGAGAAAAUAUCCUAGCUCUGUUAGGGCCUGAAUUUUUUUUUCAGGAUUUUCUGUCUGGGAAUUCACUUAUCAGCCACUGGUCAAAUAAAAUCAACCUUUCACCUCCAUAAUUGACCAAGCAUGAAUUUCUCCUUACAAUGUCAAAACAGUAAUCAGCAGAAAGGUGAUGAGAAGUAAGAAAAUUAUCAACCAGGUGGAUAAUAUGUGAUUUAACAGUAAAUCCCCAGUCAUUGGGGAUGUGAAAAACAAGAAGUAAUGAUAAUGAAAACUUACCUAACCUCUUACAUGUGGCUUUGUAAAUUAGUAGGUAAAAGAACACAAUGAAUGCACAGGAGGUAUAGGGGUUAGAACAAAAAGAAAAGUUGAACUGUGCCAUGGGUAGUGCAGCCAGAUAUUGUUUCACUAUUAGUCAAAAUUUAUACAAAAUUCUUGCUUGUGAUUGGUUUUCAGCAACCCAAUUUGAGCACUUGUAGGACUGUGUAGAUGUCAAUCUUGUAAUUAGAUUAUGUAUAAGACAAUUUAUUUUUUUCUUCUCUAAUUAUGUCCCAACAACAGUUUGGAUAAAUUAAUAACAGGCCUUUGUGCUGUUUAAUUCUUUCUGUCAUCAGACUAUGAAGUGUGGACAUCUUGUAUUCUGCAGCAUACACCUUUAUUGAUAUCUGAUGGACUAUACCAGCAACUAAACUACUUGCUACAUCUAGUUACAAGCUUGGCUUUUAUAGGUACAGUUGAGGAUCUAGAACGUUCCAUAACAUUACAGCAAAUUCUAUUUAUAUAUUGAUUUGGGGAUGACACAGCAUGACACAGCUACUUCUAGAACAUUCUUGAAGGUCACACUACAACUAAUGAUUAAAACUCAAAUUCUUGCUGUAAUAAAUAUUAAAUAGAGGCUUCUCUAUUUCAAUGACUCUACUUCAUCCUCUUAGCCAAUUUGUCAAUUUUGUUUACUUAGCAAUUAUGCCAUAAGUUUUAACACAUAGACAUAUAUAUAAAUGCUGUUAGCAGCCUUCUCUCAGUGGUUCUAGUUUCAGCUUUACAGAGCUAGCAUAAGUUUUUUUUGGUAAAUUAAGUUUAAGCUAUUAAUAGCUAUUAGCUAUUAAGAGUACAAACAGGAACUGAUAUGUAAGUACUGGCUAUUUCUACCCCUAUUCUUAAGCAAAAGUUUGAACUUAUAGCAUUUGUUCCUUAAGUUGCAUUUUUUAACCAACCAACUUACAAAGUAUCAUUACAAGUCAAGUACAUGGCUCCAUGUGGCAGCACCCAGUUUUUCAAAGGUUCCAUUUUGUUUUUCUGUAGCCUUGAAUCUCCUGCAAUCUUAUGGCCUUAAGAAUUUUAUAGCUGGUAUUGAUUCGUGAUUUCUGUUAUCUUGUAUCUGUUUUCAUUUAGUAAUUAGUUGAUCCACUGCAU